CCGUGCAGUUGGCCGCUAGCAGUCAUACGCGCCGGGUGUCGGUUUGUGCGCCGGUUUUUCUUUGCCGAUGCUUGGAUUGUCCAUCGCGUAAUCUUAAAAAUAGAUUUUACGCGAUCUCCGUAGUAGCCUGCUGUCGAUUAAUUCGUCUCAGUUUCCGCGUGGCAGUUAUGUGCGCCGAGCGAGGAUUUCCAACCGGCUUCCAUGCAGAUUUAGCGUCUACGUUUAACAAUUGCAAAUAGUGUUGCAGCGCCAGGUAGUUGAUUAAUUCCAGUUGAAAAACAUGGCGAAUUUCAUUGUGGCGGCGCUGCUCUUCCGAGUGGCUCUGCCACUCAUCAUAUUAACAUGUGUGGUAUUUCGACCAUGUGUCAUCUCGGGGGUGUACCUGCUGUUUAUGCUGAUAUCAGCAUCACUUCCGGUGCCCACACGUGCGUCCAUGAAUGGAGCCACCGGCGUCUUUCUAAAACUGCUUAUUAUGAUCAGUUUGAUGACAUCACUCGGCGUGAUUGUCUUCCAUCUGUUGAUGUUGUUGCAUUUUGCUCCGUAUGGCGAAUUUCUCAAACCAUGCGAGCUUGUGGAACGCAUUAUACGCGCCGUGGGGUUGGUUAAGUUGGAUGCGUUGGAUCCGCAGACUGUGGUGCUAUGGCUGGCGCCGGAAGUUGUCAUGCUGAUCGCCGCCAUUGUUUUCUUUGUCAUCUUUUCGAAGAUGACGCGUCCUGCACAAACUGAGGACGGGAUUCAACUGCAGGAGGUGAUUGUGAAUAAAAAGACCAAUGUCAAGUUGUUCAUUAACAUUGGAAAAGCAAUUGUGAUAUGUUCAUUGUGCCUAGCGUCGAUUCUCAAGCCGUCAAUCAUAGGCGGUUUCUAUUUUUUGAUAUUCCUGUCGACCGCCACGUGGUUAGGCAGUUAUCGAUCCCUGGAGAAGGGUUUCGCCAUUCUGCUGAAAUUCCUGAUGGUUGUGGUGUUCUUUCACAUCUUUACACUGUUUGCCUAUCAGACGGAAUGGCCACAGAUGUACUUACAAGAUGAUAGCAACUAUGCAAGAUGGUUUGGCCUUACAAAGUUGAUGUAUGUCAACUGUGAUGGUGACCCAAGGGUCUUUGAAUACACCUCGCAGCCAUGGAACGAAUACGUGAACAUCCUCUGCCUGAUAUUUUUGUAUUUUGUAAUGGCGGUGAUGUCCAGACAGCUACUCACCCAGUCCACACUUGCGCCAGCGAAAAAGCAGGGCAACUUUUCACGCUUAGAGGGUAGCUUUAGCCGGCGCCCGCUCAGUCGGCAGUUAUCACAGCGUCUCUCCGACAGACGUCUUCGACGCUCGGCGACGCGCUCGCGCUGGCAAAACGCCACGCGCAAAGUUCGCUUAAUGCACGAUGGUAAACCAAAGUUAUACACUUCAAAGGGUCCCUCCAUGUUGCAAGACUCUACCGGAAGUGUCAUCAUCUCGAAUGAUAACGAUAUUCCCAUGCGGGAUGUCGAAAAAACAAACUCUGAAUUAGCUGAAGACGACCAUGAUGACUUCGAAGAACCCCCGACGUGUUUCGAGAAGUUCGUCUUCGCCUGCGAAUCUCUCCUGAUGUUUAUCAUUAGAACAUCCUACAUUGGUACGAAUAUUAUCAUGAUGGCAUGGAGUAUCACAUAUCACAGCUGGAUCACGUUUGUUCUGCUCUUGUGGUCGAGUAUUCUCUGGAUGGUACCCAAUCAACGCAAGCACAUGUUGCGUUGUAGUCCAGUCCUGGUGCUGUACGCCUGGUUUCUUUUGAUAUCCGCGUAUAUCUAUUCGAUGAAUCUGACUGAAGAUGAACUGCCUUCGAAGAUUGAUGGUUGGGAUAUGUCCCAGAUUGGUUUCAUACGCAACAUUGAAGCGCCUUAUAAAUCACUGGUCAUCAAGUGUCUUUACACUGUGAUGUUUUGGAUUACUCUCAGGCAGUUUAUGAAGGAACGGAUUGAAGCCCGGCAGAGUUCUGCGCUUGCGGAUAUGGUGGCUCCUGUGCAGCUUACUGUUGGUACAGCUACAGGUCCUCUACCACAUGAGCAUCCAGAAGAGAAUGAGACCAUGAAGAAGGUCGGCCAUUUUGUGAAAACAUUCCUCACGAAGUUCUGGAUCUGGGUGGUGGCGAUCACGUUGUUUUCGGUGGCUAUCACCGGCGAACGCAUGACCAGUUUCCGUAUUCUUUACAUGGUCCUUUUCCUUGUCUUCCUGCUUAGUUUCCAGUUUUCCUUCCGCGUGUGGCGCAAGAUUAUGUUCGGUUUCUGGCUGACCGUCAUCAUCUACUCCAUGAUUAUCUUGGUGCUCGUUUAUACAUAUCAAUUUGACGACUUUAACAAAUACUGGACUGAAUAUCUUCAUGUAUCGGAACAGCAACAAUUGGAUAUUGGUUUGGAAAAGUACGAAACCAAACAGUUGUUUGUCCGACUAGUAACACCGACGUUUUUUGUCAUUAUUACGGCGGUGCAAUUGCAUUACUUCCACAAGGAUUUCCUGGAACUGUCUAAACCCAAUUCUGGAGUGGUGGAUACAACAAAAUCUGAAGCAGCUAGUUCCGCACAGGGUGGAAUGGCUGCACAACCUCCAGAUGAUGAAGAUUCUGAAGAUGAUGAGAUUGAUUUAACAGACUUAGAAAAUGUCUCCGCUCUGCAGGUGCAACGAAAGUUUAAGAAAUUCUGCAAACGAAUGUACUACGCCAUUAAUCUAGCUUGUUUAUUUAUGGAAUUACACUUAGCCAAGUUGGUCAUGUUUGUGGGGAUAUUAGUAGCUACCAAAGAUGUCUGCGCAGUGCAUUUUACCAUCGUGGUUCUAAUGGUACUUGGUACUACGAUCGGCAACAAGAUGCUCAACGUCUGCAUCUAUUUAAGCAGUCUGCUUGCAUCUGUGAUGUUAAUCACAAGAAUGCUCUACCAGAUUGAGUAUAUUCAGCAUGAUAUUUGGAAUGUUACAUGUGAUGUGAUUAUUGAUAAUCAGACGAAGGUACUUGAAGGUAAUACCGCUCAGUGGGUGGGUUAUUUCAAAUUAGCACACGGUAGAGAUUUACCUGAAGCUGUCAAGUGGAACAUUGUGAUGAUUCUAAUGGUGACCCUUUGGUGUGUUAUCAAUGUACGCCAGCAGAGUAGGCGCGAAAAGAUGGGACAUCCUUCACGGCGGCCAUAUUUCAUGUUCCCGAAGAUACGCAUCACGAAUGCGGAUACCAACUUGAAAACAUACAUCAAAUAUCUUGCGAAUUACAUGUUUUAUCGUCUUGGAGUUGAGAUUUGUCUUAUUGCUACAGUAGCAGUGAUUGCACUUCGAAUGGAUUUAUACGCGCUUUUAUACGCUUUCUUCCUAACAGCAUACUUUAUGAUGUCGCGCACUACAUUAGCACGCUUUUGGAAUGUGUAUCUUGGUACCCUUGCCAUUGUCAUUCCCAUACAAUACUUCAUGGUGAUUGGACUUCCUCCAGGAGUCUGCAUAGAUUAUCCAUGGGACAACAGUGAUAUUCUGCGAAGUCUACAAGAGUGGGGAUUCCUACUUGAUCGCCAAUACCCACCACCUGCUAAAAAGAUUUUGUGUGAUUUUGCUCUCCUCAUACUUGUUUACCGACAGUCACUUGUGUUCCGCAUUGAGAAACGCUACGCUAACACAGAAUAUGCGGGUGGGCACAAUCGCAGCGUCAUUGAAGAUGCAGAAACCCCGAACUUUGAAAUACCAGUGCCUGAUUUCAUCACCUACAGCCGAACUUAUCUGGAUAUCUUUAAACGAAUUGCAUUUUUACCACUUAUUUGGUUUACGCUUGCCAUUGUAUUCUUAGCAGGGACAAACCGUGUGAACAUAUUCUCCUUGGGGUAUUUGAUUGGAUCGUUUUACUUCUUGUGGAUUGGAAGCGACAUUUACCUCAGACCUAUUCCAAUCAUAUUAGAAAAAUGGAAUUAUUUAAUAUUGUACAACGUGCUUGUGAUUCUCAUCAAAGUCAUCCUACAGUUUAUCGGCUGUGUGUUUUUCGAGGCUAUCAAAGACAACGCAUGCUGGGUGAUACAAAUAUUAGGCAUUAGUUGCCUGAGGAAGUUUAAAUCGCAGUUACCACCGGCGUUGUUAACCGACCAGGAAUGUGAAGUACCAAGAGAGUUUGUUGGCCUAGCCUGGGAUGGUGCCUGUUUUGCUUUUCUUAUUUUAAUGAGGAGAUUGUUUAACAGCUACAAUUUCUUCCACAUUGUCAACGAGAGUAAGGCGUCCGCCAUUUUGGCAUCGCGCGGUGCAGAAUUAAUAGAAGAACUGCGUCGGAAGAGGAUGACGGAACAAGAUUCAGCUGAGAAGAGGAUUAUUCAGAAGAUAAAGACGAAAAUGGAUCGUAUUAAGGCUAAUCAACAGAAAAUACUUGGACCUACCUACAAAGACCCGGAAACCCACUUUAUAGAUUCAAUUUAUCCCAAAUCUAGGCCAAUGUAUAGACAUACGGAACCAAAGUCUUACAAACGGGCAAUUCGUUCGGGUGAUUACUACAUGUUUGAUGACAUCGAAAAUGAAGAACUCGACAUAUUUGAAGAUAUUGCAAAGGAUUCUGAUGAUGAAGACAUGAGGGAAACCACUUCCCGGACGCAUAUUACAGUUGGCGAACUGAUAAGUAAGUCGCUUAAGGACAACGUAGCGUCGACGCUCAGACAACAGCGUCGCUCGAGCUUGGUGGAGCGCGGCCGUUCGUCGGCGUCGCAGCUUUCGGUGCCGUAUUCGGCGCCGCCGGCUGUAAGCACGGAAAGAGUUUCUCGUGGGGUACCACCUGAUGAUGAUGAUGCGUUUGAUCAACAACCAAGCACGAGCAAGUCUUUGCAAGAGUCAGAGGAACCUACAGAACCACCAAAAAUAAGUGCAAAACAGAAACUGGUCAAUGCCCUGCUCUUCGCUUACAAGUUAAUCCAGAGUUUAAUGUACAGCGCAUCUCGAUUUAUGUACAAAUUCUCCAAAGAUCAUCGUUAUAUCCGGCGAAUGUUAAGCAACGAGAAACGCGUCCUCAAGGAGACAACCGACUAUACAAUUGGUACCCGCUCAGCACCAAACUUUGUCUGGGAACCAACAUUCAACUUUAAGACCCUCAUUGUUUCCGGUGAUUCAAAGGAACAGGAGAUGUCUUCAGCCGAUCAACCAGUGUUCUAUCAACUGAUGCUCAGCAUCUGGUACAUUGUCCUUGGGCACUCUGAUCUCUUGUGCUACUUCAUCAUCUUCUUGAAUCAGAUCAAAAACGCGACGUUUAUUUCAUUACCCCUACCGUUGAUGGUAUUCCUAUGGGGUACCCUUACUGUACCAAGGCCUAGUAAAAUGUUUUGGAUUACCAUCAUUGCGUAUACACAGAUUAUUGUGUUGAUUAAAUGUAUGUUCCAAUUCCAAAUUUUGCCUUGGAAUCAAGCAGAAACUGGUGCUGUGGACAUUACCAGUAUGAUUGGCAUUGAAAGAAAGAAGAACUACGCUCUUUGGGAUCUUAUUCUAUUGUUGGUUGUGUACUUCCACAGAUAUAUGUUGAAAUGCCUGGGUCUAUGGCAAACACAAACCGAUCCUCCUGAUGUCCUAAAAGACGGCCAAUACGUUCUCAAGAGUGAUGGUGAACUGGUUUCUGUCUCACCUUCAACAAAACAUCACAUUGAGAGUUCUUCUCAUGAAACAGCAGAGGAUGAAGUAGUUUUGCUUAGUACUUCAACGGCUGCAGCAACAAGCAUGUUUCCAUCUUCUGUUAAAAUGCUAUUUGCAAAGUAUAAUGAAACACUGCACAACUUCUUCGUGCAACUGUUUGAUCCGACGUCGCGGGUUGCCGCUGACGUUUAUACGUACUUAUUCUUGUGCGAUUUUUACAACUUCUUUGUUAUUUUAAUUGGGUACUCAUCAUUUGGUCCGCAACAAGGAGAUGGUGGUGUGACAUCUUAUUUGGCCGACAAUCGAGUCCCAGUGCUGUUUUUAAUCAUGUUAAUCAUGCAGUUUAUUUUAAUCAUCAUCGACCGAGCGAUAUUUUUGCGGAAGAACAUUGCCGCGAAGAUAGUGUUUCAAUUUUUACAGAUUUUGUUCCUGCAUAUUUGGUUGUUUAUUAUUUUCCCGUACACUACUGGAAGGAAUGUUAAUUCGGUUAUACCUCCACAAAUGUACUACAUGGUGAAGUGUUUCUAUUUGUUAUUAUCAGCGUACCAGAUUCGCUGCGGUUACCCAGCGCGUAUUUUAGGCAAUUUUAUUUGUAAAGGCUACGGCAUGAUUAACAUGGCGUUGUUUAAAGCAUUCCUCUUGAUUCCUUUCUUGUUUGAACUGCGUACGAUUAUGGAUUGGAUGUGGACGGAUACGUCUAUGACUGUUUUUGAUUGGAUUAAAAUGGAGGAUAUUUUUGCACACAUUUACCAAUUAAAGUGUUCGAGAUAUAUGGAAGAUGAAUAUCCGCAACCACGAGGUGUGCGGAAAGCAAGCACAUCAAAAUAUGUAAUGGGCGGUGGUUUGCUAAUAUUUAUUAUUGGUGUUAUAUGGUUUCCGUUAGUGUUCUUCUCUUUGGGUAAUGCAGUUGGUGCUCCGAAUGUUCCCUAUGAUGUUACUGUUUCACUCCGGUUGGGACCUUAUGAAGCGUUGUAUAAAACAUCAGCACAGUCUAAUUCUAUUGAUCAAUUCACCGAAAAUGACUUCAACGUGAUGCAACAGAAGUACUACACAAAUCAGUUAGCGUCAAAUUACAUCAAUAUCUACGAUUACGGUGACAUUGCAGCUGUAAAAUUAAGUUUUGACUCCGCAACGGUGUGGAGUAUCUCUCCACCUGACAAGGAACGCAUGAUUGAAGAAGUUCGCUCUGCGCCUGAUUUUAAGUUCCAAAUCCAAUGUCAGUUCUCUCACAUAACACAUACAAAAGAAGAUCCUGGUACAGCACGGGUAGAAAGUGAAAAGAUUAUUUAUAAUAAACCAAAUUCUACGAACAUCAUACGAGAGAAUCUUCUGGAUAUGUUGACUCAACCAUCGUCAAAUAAAAGCAUUACGCUUGCGUAUAUGUUCCCCAAGUUUGUCAAAGUGACCAAUAGGGGAACAGCGGACAUUUUAUCAGAGUUCAUGGAUAAAUAUCCAGAAAUUGACGCGAGCAGGUUUAGAAAUGUUACUUUGAAGCUCUCAACUGUUGAUGAUAAGUUGUGGUGGGAGAUAACCGAAGAACAAACAGACCACAACUAUCAGAAAUACUUACAAUAUCUUCCAUAUGCGGAUAGUUCUUCGUUUAUGAUUUACACCUUCAAUGACAAGAUCUACCCCGCGACUUUGAAUAUUAUUACAGGGGGAGGCAUCAUAGGUCUGUACACCACGCUGGUGUUUGUUGCCAGUCGACUUCUGCGUGGCUUCUUCUCCGAGAUCUGCUUCAAAAUCAUGUUUGAUGAUAUGCCAAAUGUGGAUCGCGUCUUACAGCUCUGCGCAGAUGUUUAUCUUGUACGGGAAGCUGGAGAGUUUGCAUUGGAGGAGGACUUGUUUGCAAAACUGGUGUUUCUGUAUCGGUCACCGGAAACACUCAUCAAAUGGACACGACCACCAGAGGAGAUUGGCGAGGACGAGGACCCCGAGGCCGCCGAAUAAAACCUCCUUCCUUUUUUUUUUUAUCUCGAUUCAUCCCAAAGUCCUCGUCCAUACGGGUUUAUUUUAAAACCAAAAGCGUUUGUAUUGCGAUGUUGUUUCAACACUUCCGCCUUGCUUCCUCGAGCAUUCUAAUGCACGCUAAACGCUAUAAGUACUGAUAGCCAUUUAAAUGUUGUUGAUGUAAUUCUCUCUUAAUCUCCCUUAUAUCCUUAAAUAAUGUUGAACGUGUUUAUCAGUCCUAGGGAACUACUCAGGUACAAAACAUUUCAAGACAAAGUAAAGAUUAUCAGUUGUAA